GAUGAAAUGUGUGUGACAACAAAAACUCCUUGUUCUGCUCAGCUUUCUCCAUUUUGUUCUUUCUGCCUCUGUUGCCUCUUCUUCACCAAGUCCCAUCUUUUUCUUUAUGAAGUUACCAGUUCUUUCCCUAUUCAGGUCCCACUAAAGACAGCAUUUCAAUUUAACGUCCAGGAGUACAACAUAAAAAUGUCACUAAUGCUUUGAUGAGCUUCCCAAAUUAUUUUGCCUCGCUACAGUGCUUGUUGGGCAGAACUUUUGUCCACCAGGCAUGGUCUGAAGGGGUUAUUUAGUUCUUCACAAACUGCUUUAAAAAUAGUUGUCACUAAAAUGCAGUCCCUUCUGGAGAGAAAUUCAGCAGCAGUUCUCAACUACUGGCUUUAUUGAACAGUUUUUUUGGAUUUGGGUUUUCUCAGCGGAGACUAAGAAUAACUUCACUGUUUGAAUGUGGAGGAGAAGUUUGUGGGAGGUGGAUUGAACAGCCAGAUUCCUGUUUGGAAAACGAGUGGGGUUAACAUCCUUGCUCCUUGUUUCCUUAAAGCAGGAGAUCAUAUUCACCUUCUGUGACAUGAGUGGGGUAAUAACUGUUGCCAACUGUAAUCACUUUGUGGACUGGAGAGUGCUGGAGUGCUUGUUUGCUCUUAGUGUUAAAAACAAACAAAAAAGGUGUGGGUUUAGCUGGUGGAAGCAGCUAGUCAGCAGUCAACCUGCGAGGUUUGUAACGAUUACCUCCAGCUGGGAUGGCCUUUUCUUGGAAGUGUUUUAUUUCUGAUCCUAGAAAUUGGUUGGGAAUUGAGAAGUGGGAGACUAUUUUAGUACCUGAUAGACCUCACUGCUUUGAGAACUUUAAUGCAUCCAUGAAUUUGCUUAAUUGUGUGCCAAUCCUUUGGUUGUACCUAAUUGUUGUAUGUUAAACACUUCCUCUCCUUUCUGGCACUUGCCUGUCAACUAACUAAAAAAUUAUCAUGUCCACCUUACUGCUUAGUCAAACUAGGCGUCUAGUUAUUUUAAUCUCCUUGUAAAUCAAUCCCUCCAGCUGCUUAACUAUAUUUUCCUGAAUGCCUUCCAAUUUGCCAAUAUCCUUCUGAUACUGAAUAGCUUGGAGUUGAACGUGGUUUGCAUCAGAGUGCUGGAGAUUCGGACUUACCCUCCUUGCUCUCUGUCUGCUCAGAUUAUAAGAAGGAAAAGCUUUACACAAACUUUGUGAAUGUUAAACUUUCCACUUGCAAUUUGUCUUUUGCUCUAACUUAACUUUUCGCUGUUGAGGGGUAUUUCUAACAUUAAUUUCUACUUAUUCUUGAUCAUAUUUCUAUUUUCUCAAGGUUCCUUAUGUUCCGGUCUUCUCCAGAAUUUCCCAGUGGGCUUGCCUAGAUUAGGGAUCCUCACGGCUACCUUGGAUUACAGUUGAUCCUGUCUACACCAGGCAUUGCAAACAGCUUAGCUCAGCUGCAUGAAAUAUGGGAGACGACAGGCCGUUUGUGUGCAAUGCCCCCGGCUGUGGACAGAGGUUUACAAACGAGGACCACCUGGCGGUUCAUAAACACAAGCAUGAGAUGACAUUGAAAUUCGGCCCUGCUCGAACUGACUCAGUCAUCAUAGCAGAUCAGACCCCGACCCCAACUCGGUUCCUGAAGAACUGUGAAGAAGUGGGACUCUUCAAUGAACUGGCCAGCUCCUUUGAGCACGAGUUCAAGAAAGCUGCGGAGGAUGACGAGAAAAAGAGCGCUGGAGCCCUGGACAUGUCUCUGCCCUCCACCCCAGACAUCAAGAUAAAGGAGGAAGAGCCCGUGGAGGUGGACUCUUCCCCGCCAGACAGCCCUGCAUCUAACCCGCAGUCACCCCAGAACAAGGAGAAGGAGAUCACCUCCAAGCCUGUAAUCAUUUCCACACCUACUCCAACCAUCGUGCGUCCAGGCUCGCUGCCGCUACACUUGGGUUAUGACCCGCUUCACCCGACGCUGCCUUCCCCAACCUCUGUCAUUACCCAGGCUCCCCCUUCCAACAGACAGCUUGGGUCUCCCACAGGUUCCCUUCCGCUUGUCGUGCAGCUUGCAAACGGACAGACCAUGCCCGUCCUCCCAGGCCCUCCCGUACAGAUGCCUUCUGUUAUAUCGCUGGCUCGGCCGAUGUCCAUGGUGCCAAACAUCCCCGGCAUUCCUGGGCCGCCCAUCAACAGCAGCGGGUCCAUUUCACCCUCAGGGCUUCCAGUGCACUCUGAAGCCAAAAUGAGGCUGAAGGCCAGCUUGACGGCAUCUGCCUCACUGAACGGCAGCAACCUGGUGGUGGGUUCAGCCAGCACGAUGGUGACCGCACGUCCAGAGCAGAGUCAGAUCCUUGUCCAGCACCCUGACGCCCCUUCCCCAGCUCAGCCACAGGUGUCCCCCGCCCAGCCCACCCCCAGCACCGGCGGGCGACGGCGACGCACGGUUGACGAAGAUCCGGACGAGCGCCGGCAGCGGUUCCUGGAGCGGAACCGGGCCGCCGCCUCCCGCUGCCGUCAGAAACGCAAGCUCUGGGUGUCUUCCUUGGAGAAGAAAGCCGAGGAGCUCACGACCCAGAACAUCCAGCUGAGCAAUGAAGUUACGCUACUGAGGAACGAAGUUGCUCAACUUAAACAGCUCCUGCUGGCUCACAAGGACUGCCCCGUCACUGCACUACAGAAGAAAACACAGGGCUAUCUCGCUAAACACGAUGUCUGGAUUCUUAUGUCAUCUCUGCAAGAACAAUUCCACGCUGUGGGUAUUUGUGGGAAGGCUUUGGGAGGAGGCUGGAGUCCCCUAGCGUUGCCUGGAUUAACGGGACGAGAGGCAGGGACGGAUGGAGAUAAGAAAAGGAAGGGGGAGAAAACAAAAGCCGAGAAAGCAAGUCCUGUCCUCCCGCUUCCCAUCUCCUGGGUCUCUGAAACGCUCUUUUUCCGGGCGGUGAGGCACAAAUACGUGCUGCACAGGGCCUGGCACAGCCCCUUUAUUUUCACUCAUUACAGUGACUCAGAGCUUGAGUAAUGUGGUCGUGAAAAUCCUCGCUGUCCCCCAGCCCUUGCAGACAGGUGUUCGCUCUGUGUAUAAUGCAGAGAGGCGACAUGAUUUUUCCUGUUAACUUCCAAAGUUUACAGUUCCUAUUAUUAUUCCUCGCAGUCUGUCUACUCCAAUAAUAGGAAUUCAUCACACAUCUGAAUAAUAAAAAUGAAAUUCACACCUCCCUCCCCGUGCCCCCCCCCCCCCCCCUCCCUGGCUGCCUUUUUUAUUAUUGAGAUUUGUGACUAAGCAGGUCCUUAAACAAAAACGCCAGAUUCCCUCGAUGGAAUUACAGCUGCCUCAUGUACAGUUGGGUUGUUUUAUUUGUAAUACCUUGUAAAUCUCCUUUUUGGGAUGCCAAACUAUUAUAUUGCUCUGCUCGACCUUCUCUCUCGCCGCCAAGCCGGUUUUCAAGCCUGCUGUGCUAGCUGCAUCUUUCAAAGGCCAGGCCAAGGUUUCACAAGGGAAGGUCCAACCCUCUUUGGGGAAGGGGCGCGAUAUUCCAGCACCCGGUAGAAAACGGAGCCCUAAAACAUGUUUGCUGGUGCCCGGUAAGAUGGUAAACCUCUUCUCUGACUUUUUUUUUUUUCCCCCCGCUGUCAUGGGGUUUACCCUUUUGACGUGGAAGAAGCAUCCCAGCUCAUGCCAUUAUUUUGCUCUUUUAAAGGAAGGUGACCGCAUCUUACCCGUAAUUCAUCUAGCCAAGUGCACAGGAGGGAAUUUCCUCCUGACAUCUGUAGAUAAUGAGUGUAUACCCCUAAAGAGAGAGGUCUGAUUGCUCUCGCCUUGGCAUUUGAUAGGUCACAAAUUAUCCUCUGUGUUAGAAGCUCUGCCUGGGCGCAGUGGGCUGUUUGUGGGAGAGAAUCCAAAGUUUUGGAAACCAAUCUGCGUCGCUCAGAAAAGAGCACGGAAGAAGGUCUCUGCCUUUGUUUGCCUCCCAUCCCUUCAAUCACACUGCUUCGAGUUACCGAAAGAAAUCGAGCAAGCAAACAGUCUGUAAUGGGCUCUAAUCGAUUUUAAUGUUCUAGAGAACAAUAAAGAGCAAACCAGGUAAUUUAUAUAUAAAAAAAAAUGGCAAAAAAAAAAAAACAAAAAAAAAAAAAACAAAACAACCCCCCCGCCCCGUGCCUUUGCAGAAGGGUUUCUGUCGCACGCUUCCCUGUGUGCUCACCCAGCAGCUGGUAAGGACUCUGAAGGAACUGUUCAGUCUCUGGGCUAAAUGGCCUUGAACCAAGUACCACGCCAGGAAACGACACGCAGGGAAGUUCCUUUUUCUUACAACGAGGAAGCAGAUUUAUUAGGCCGAAGGUUGCGCUGGGUCCGCCACCCUCGGCGCGAAGCCUGCGCUCUGUGCUGCCCUGGCCCGAGCUCCCUGAGGUUCCCUGGUGUUUCUCCAAGGGACGGGGCCAAACGGGCCCCGGGGUUGGGGGGGGGGGUCGUCCUGUCCCGACCCUGCGCAGUUUUACUUCCAGUCGCUCAUUUGCUUUUGCCAAACAGCUGCUUGAGGGGGGAGCCCGGCUG